CGAAUUCACCAAGCUAUGGUAACAUCCCUAAAUGAAGAUAAUGAAAGCGUAACAGUUGAAUGGAUUGAAAAUGGAGAUACUAAAGGCAAAGAGAUUGACUUGGAGAGCAUAUUUUCACUUAAUCCAGAUCUUGCUCCUGAUGAAGAUAUUGAACCUAGUCCAGAGACACCACCACCACCUACUCCAUCAGCCAAAAUAAACAAAAUUGUGAAGAGUCGACGAACUGUGGCACCUAUUAAGAAUGACACACCUGCCAGAGAUAACAGAGUGGUUGGUUCUGCACGUGCGCGACCUACUCAGCUUCCUGAGCAGUCUUCCUCCUCUCAACAGAAUGGUAGUGUUUCAGAUAUAUCUCCAGUUCAAGCUGCAAAAAAGGAAUUUGGACCCCCUUCACGUAGAAAAUCUAAUUGUGUAAAAGAGGUUGAAAAAUUGCAAGAGAAACGUGAAAAAAGAAGGUUACAGCAGCAGGAACUUAGAGAAAAAAGAGCUCAGGAUGUUGAUGCUACAAACCCAAAUUAUGAAAUUAUGUGUAUGAUAAGAGAUUUCAGGGGAAGUUUAGAUUAUAGACCACUGACAACUGCAGAUCCUAUUGAUGAGCACAGGAUAUGUGUUUGUGUACGAAAACGACCGCUCAAUAAAAAAGAAACUUUAAUGAAAGACCUUGAUGUAAUAACAAUUCCUAGUAAAGAUGUUGUGAUGGUACAUGAACCAAAACAAAAGGUGGAUUUAACAAGGUACCUAGAAAACCAAACUUUUCGAUUUGAUUAUGCCUUUGAUGACACGGCUCCUAAUGAAAUGGUUUACAGGUUUACAGCUCGACCAUUAGUGGAGACCAUAUUUGAAAGGGGAAUGGCCACUUGUUUUGCAUAUGGGCAAACAGGCAGUGGAAAAACCCAUACUAUGGGUGGUGACUUUUCAGGAAAGAACCAAGAUUGUUCUAAAGGAAUAUAUGCACUUGCAGCUCGAGAUGUCUUUUUAAUGCUAAAGAAGCCAAACUAUAAGAAGUUAGAACUUCAAGUAUAUGCAACAUUUUUUGAGAUCUACAGUGGUAAGGUUUUUGACUUGUUGAACAGGAAGACAAAAUUAAGAGUGUUAGAAGAUGGUAAACAGCAAGUCCAGGUGGUGGGAUUACAGGAACGGGAAGUCAAAUGUGUUGAAGAUGUUCUUAAGCUUAUUGAAAUAGGCAACAGCUGCAGGACAUCUGGCCAGACAUCUGCAAAUGCACACUCAUCUCGAAGCCAUGCAGUAUUUCAGAUUAUUCUCAGAAGGAAAGGGAAAUUGCAUGGUAAAUUUUCUCUGAUUGAUUUGGCUGGCAAUGAAAGAGGAGCAGAUACUUCCAGUGCAGAUAGGCAGACGCGACUGGAAGGCGCGGAAAUUAACAAGAGCCUUUUAGCACUCAAGGAGUGCAUUAGAGCCUUAGGCCGAAAUAAACCUCAUACACCCUUCAGAGCAAGUAAACUUACUCAGGUGCUAAGAGAUUCAUUCAUAGGAGAAAACUCCCGUACCUGUAUGAUCGCUACAAUUUCACCAGGGAUGGCAUCAUGUGAAAACACUCUAAAUACGUUGAGAUAUGCAAAUAGGGUGAAGGAGCUGACGGUCGAUCCUAGUGCCGCAGGAGAUAUCCGUCCCAUUAUACACCACACUCCCAAUCAGAUCGAUGACUUGGAAACACAGUGGGGUGUAGGGAGCUCUCCUCAGAGGGAUGAUCUCAAACUGCUUUGUGAACAAAACGAAGAGGAAGUUUCUCCACAGUUGUUUACUUUCCAUGAAGCUGUGUCACAAAUGGUAGAAAUGGAAGAGCAAGUAGUAGAAGACCACAGGGCUGUCUUCCAGGAAUCUAUUAGAUGGCUGGAAGAUGAAAAAGCUCUUCUUGAGAUGACAGAAGAAGUAGACUAUGAUGUGGAUUCUUACGCUACCCAACUUGAAGCAAUUCUAGAGCAAAAAAUUGAUAUUCUGACCGAACUUAGAGAUAAAGUGAAAUCUUUCCGGGCAGCUCUACAAGAGGAGGAACAGGCCAGUAAACAGAUCAACCCGAAAAGACCACGCGCCCUUUGAAAUGGGCCCUUGCUGCUAAAGGAAUCCACGAACCCGUACUGCUGUAGCACACAUUUGUUACAAAACCCAGUGGCCGUAAGAACUCAACUACUUGAAAGUGUAAAAACAUUAGAAAUGUCUGUGGAAAUGUCCUGUUUCUUAUUCACCUGAAUGACAUUUUCAGUUUUGUGUGAAAUGCUCCUAUGAUGUCUACAAAAUGCUUCUAGACCAGACAGCACAACCAUGCAGGGUUCAGAUCUGUGAAGCACUUUGUUUAAAAUAUUUCAUUUAUUCAAAUUGUGAAUUUUAUUGUUUGGAAAUAUUUGCCAUGUUUUUAAUAAUGAAGUAAAACUGUGGCCAUUAAAAAGUCACAGUAUUUCCUUUCGACUAUGUUCAGUUUUAUUACAAAGACCAGCUGUGCAGUUUUAAAUUGUGUUUGCGUGCAUGCACACCUCACUAGUGGUUGUACAUAACUUCUCUUCUACAGACAGCUGUGCUUACCUCUUCCCGUUCUGUGCCUUGAUGAAGGCUACUUAACCCUAACCAUCCUCUCUCUGAAGCACAGCCUUAAUAAACAACAUUCCUUAUUUGUCAAUAUAAAUUACUUUCAUUGUGUGUAUGUUUUUAAUGUGUUUUGAGACUUUUUUUUUUUUAGUGGCUAGUUUCAUUUCACAGGAUGUGCCAUAUCAUUUGAACAGGAACUGCAAGAGCUGUUAGGAGUGGACAAACAGCUGGACAUUCCAUCCUCCUUGUAAAAAUCUGGAAUCUAGAUUUAUUUGAAUACCAUAAAGAAUGGUUAUAUAAUUCUAACGUUUUCUCUGUAAUAAAAAAAAAAAGGAAAAAACAGAACAAAAAAACAAAAAUAUAAAUUAGUUGAUGUAUAAUAAAGGGUAAUGUUUAAGUACUGAGGAGAGUUGUAUCUUAGGAUAAUGCAGAUAUACAGUAUGUGGUAUGGUGUGAUAAUGCUGUCAGAGUAAAGGUACGAUCCGAGCUCUGCGUAUGGAUAGGAUAACUGUCAAAGUUCAGGGAUCCAGCUAAAUACAUACAUAUUGGCCUUUCACAUACUGUUAAAAUUUGGCUUUUGAUGCAUGACAAACUUACAUGUACAUUAACUGUAGUUUGCAGGUAGUUUGAGUAGCUCUGUUGCUUUAAAAAGGUAGCUAAUACCUAUUUUUCCCUUUGUACAGUGCCAGCAGCUGAAAAGUGGGGUGAAAUUGCACCGUUUGGGGAUUUUGCACAAUACCUCUACCUAGCGCUAAUAGAAAUCCCACAAGUACCUGAAUUCUCACGAAGGGCACCAUGUGCAUCAGCACUUUUUAGGUGGUGGCACUCAAGUUAUUUUUGCAAGUCAGUAUCCAAAAAAGAUUGACCUUUCAUGUAAGAACUUCUUGUCAAAUGAAGAAUUGUAGACCUCUCUAGGAGUUCUCCCUGUUUCCAGGAGUUCGUAUCAGCAGACUUUCCCUUGGAACUGUUUAAAAAUUACUUUUGGAAUACAAGCCUGUUUGUUUGUGCCAGGCCUGGAGGGAAAUAAAGGGAAGGCAAUGAAAAGAGAGUUAAAUGAGCCAGGAAUUCUUGUAGUGUUUAAUGUUUGUAUCUCCCAUAGGAAGGUAGGCUAUGGGAAACUCUUGUCGCAUCAUGGUUAAAAAUAAAAAAAAAAAUCCUGUGUGUAAACAUGAAAACUGAAACAAUAAUGUAGAUUUUACAUAAUGUGUUUAAUAAAUUAAGCUAUUAAAUGAA